AAGAAAAUAAUCUGCCUCUGAUUCUUCGAUAUGAAGACGCGUCGCCGAUGUUCCGCUUGCUACCAAAGGGUCGUGUUCGUCGUGGUACAUAUGGUUUACCUGAAGCGAAAGCAGCUGUAGAACAAGAGGAGCCUGAUAUGUGGGACACACAUAUUCCAGGUGAUGUCGAUGUUGAGAAAGAGAAUAACACCUUGGACUAUAGUGCACUUAUCUAUAACGCAGAGAUGUGUUGGCCUGCACAUGACACAUUCACGGCACUCUACUCUGAACAAUUUCAGAUAGAUCAUCAUUACUAUAUUAUGACAAUUUAUGCUAAUCGUGUUGAACAAAUGAACGCGUACUGGGUGGAUAUUGAUGCUAUGCUCAAGAAACCAGGAAUAGCCGGGAACGCAAGUCACCCUCUGUUAACUGGCACUUAUAGGAGGGCUGUCGGUGCCAAGCUCAGCUUUAAGUUUCCAUUUUAUGGUCAUAUGAUGACAAAUCUUACUAUAGCUACAGGAGGUUUUCUCUACAUUGGCGACCAAACACACAAUUGGUUGGCUGCUACGCAGUACAUAGCUCCUCUUAUGGCAAAUUUUGACACCAUGCUAGAUGCGAGUUCCAUUAACAUUUGUGAUUUUACCUUUUUGAAGUCUAUACUUUACGCUGAUGACGGUGAGAGAUUUGUGGUGGAGUGGAGAAAAGUUCAGUUAAGGGAACAACACCAAGCAGGUGCAUUUACCUUCCAAGCAUCGCUUUUCAAGAACGGUUCCAUCGCUUUUGUUUACAAGGAGGUACCGAUGAACGUUUCAAAUAUCAGUGAUGAACAGCAUCCCGUCAAAUGUGGAAUCAGUGACGCUUAUCUUUAUCAUCAUAUGCUCAUGACUCACGGUGCUAAGGUUUUUUCGUCCUUCCAAUGGUGUGUUGGACUUAAGAUGCCACAAAAAAUAUGGUCGAUCUUGAUUACUACUAUUUCAGUGAGUCCUAAACGAGUGAUUUACGAGUAUCAUCGAAUUGAAAUUCCACUCGAUAAAGUUGUGCCUGACACAGUUGUUUACCUUGAGGCACAGCCAGCAUGCAUACAGUUCCAGUCUUGCGAAGCAUGUUCCAAUGCGACUCUCAAACAUUUCACUUGUUCAUGGUGUCAUGCGAAAAAAUCCCACGGCGGACCGUUUUGUACUGACCAGGCUGGCAUUCAUCGCCGUCGUCAGCACUGGGCUGAAAACAAUUGUAAGAACCAGGGGAAGAAUAUGUAUUGUAGCGCGGCAGCUGAUGAGGAGGAAGUGGAUGAUGACAGUUCAACGCCGUCCUCUGGUCGCCCAUCCUCUCCUGAUGAUGUCAUUCCCCUAGAAAAAGAGCGGCGAUCCGACAAAAUUAAAGGGAAAACUGAUGGAGGAGGCUAUGCAGCUCUUGUCUUCACACUUGGUUCGUCACUUUGCCUGAUUGGAUGGCUUGCAUAUGCAUAUUACAAUCCGCAUACCACAAGCGGUCAACUACUUAUAAAGGUUAGUUUAUUUCCGAGUAAUUUCGUCAAAUUUAUAGUGCUAGUCGCUUUUGUUUUUAUUCAACACACUCAGGACUAUAUGAAUAAUAUUUGUCUCUUGUUCCCAAUAAUAGCUUGGUUCUCACUUUUUUGUCAAAGAUUCUGUCUCGGGUAG